AUGCGUUUCAAAUCUCACGUGAGACAGACUAGUUUCAUUCACCCUGAACCCUCACCAUCGUCAAGGAAUCGUGGCGACCUGCAUAGAGACUGUAAUAGCUCAGAGCGUCGAUGCAGGAUAACGCUACUGGUAUAUAUGGCUAAUCCUCACAAAAAUCCCACCCUACCACCAUUGAUAUUCCUGCAAGCGCACCGAGUAUACUGGAAUCUACCAACAUGGCACGAUGUCCGAUCCGAAAGGUCUGUAAGGGAUUUCGCUUUCAUCUUCCCCAAUAAAACAACUUUUUGA